GAGUUUGUUCCCAUUUGGAAUUGCACACUAGCAUAGCACCACCACUCUCAGUUGUACCGCCACGCCACGCCACGCCACGCCACGCCACUCGGGAAAUCUGUGAUCGUGGGUGGGUGCACGCACAGAGGUUCCCAGUACCAUCAAUUAAUGUAUACAAAAAUGGCCAACAGUUUGAGGAGAUUUGCAAGGUUGGGUUGUUCUAAGACUAGGACUAGUAGUAAUAAUACUAUUCCUAUUCGGGGGACCAGCAGCAGCAGCAGUGGUGGUGAGGGUGAGAUUAAUCUCCGGCAGCAGCAGCAGCAGCAGCAGCAGCAAGAGAGUGAAUGUGAAAGUGAGAGUGGGAGUGUGGUUGGGGGGAAGUCGAUUAACCUCUUCUCUGCUAUCAACCAAGCCCUUCACAUCGCCUUACAUUCUGAUCCUCGUGCUUAUGUAUUUGGAGAAGAUGUGAGCUUCGGCGGAGUGUUUCGAUGCACAACAGGAUUAGCUGAUCGAUUUGGCAAACACAGAGUUUUUAAUACCCCUCUCUGUGAGCAGGGCAUCGUUGGAUUUGGGAUCGGUUUGGCUGCAACGGGCAAUCGAGCGAUCGCAGAAAUUCAAUUUGCAGACUAUAUCUAUCCAGCAUUUGACCAGAUUGUUAAUGAAGCUGCUAAAUUCAGAUAUCGGAGUGGCAAUCAAUUUAACUGUGGAGGUUUAACUAUAAGAGCACCAUAUGGAGCUGUGGGUCAUGGUGGGCAUUAUCACUCGCAAUCCCCUGAAGCUUUCUUUUGUCAUGUUCCUGGCAUCAAGGUUGUCAUUCCUCGAAGCCCUAGACAAGCAAAAGGGUUAUUAUUAUCAUCCAUACGUGACCCAAACCCUGUUGUCUUCUUUGAACCAAAGUGGCUUUACCGUUUGGCCGUGGAAGAGGUUCCAGAGCAUGAUUAUAUGUUGCCUCUAUCAGAGGCAGAGGUGAUUCGAGAAGGUAGUGACAUAACACUGGUUGGAUGGGGAGCUCAGCUAUCUGUCAUGGAACAGGCCUGUGUUGAGGCAGAAAAGGAUGGAAUUUCUUGUGAACUGAUAGACCUAAAAACUCUAAUACCUUGGGACAAGGAAACAGUAGAGACCUCCGUUAAAAAGACUGGAAGGCUUCUUAUUAGUCAUGAAGCUCCAGUAACUGGUGGAUUUGGCGCUGAAAUUUCUGCUUCCAUUGUCGAACGUUGCUUCUUGAGGUUAGAAGCUCCAGUGGCUAGAAUUUGCGGGCUGGACACUCCUUUUCCUCUUGUUUUUGAACCCUUCUACAUGCCCACCAAGAACAAGAUAUUGGAUGCAAUCAAAUCAACAGUGAAUUACUAAGCAACCGACUCUGCUCUGCUUUGCUCUGCCCCCUCAAUAUGUAAGUUGUGUUCCGUUCAUUAGACAGAUGAUGUGAUGUGAUGUGAUCAUCAACAGCAGCAUUGUGUAGAUUAUGAGAAGUGGUGGACAAAAAUGGAAGAGAAAAGCCAAGAAACAAAAGUACUUUUUGGUCGUGUCUUGUCCCAAUCCCAUUCCACAUUGAAUGUGUAGUAUAUAUUUAUGUAUGUACUGUAUGCAAUAAGAGAUUAUGAGUGAUUCUUGCCAUUCUGGUGGAAAAUAAAUAUUGAUAGUCUGAUUAUAAUGUUUAGUACUAGUACACUUGGUGAGAAAUUUUUUUGAUUUUCUUGAAGUGGCCUCUCCUUUUAUAAUAAUAAUAAUAAUAUUCUAUGUA